AUGUCUAUGGAUGGUCCCAACACCAGUUCAGAAGAAGGCUUCAUCUUGGUCGGCUUCUCUGAUUGGCCUCACCUAGAACUUGUCUUUUUUGUCUUCAUUUCUAUUUUCUACUCUCUAACGAUCUUUGGCAACACCUUGAUCAUCAUUCUGUCAAGACUGGACCGUCGACUGCACACACCCAUGUACUUCUUCCUCGCCCACCUCUCCUUCCUGGACCUCUGCUACACCACCAGCACUGUGCCCCAGCUCCUGGUCAAUCUCUCUGGACUUGACAGAACCAUCAGCUUCGGAAGGUGUGUGGCCCAGCUCUUCAUAGUCCUCUCUUUGGGAGGCGUUGAAUGUGUGCUCUUGGUGGCAAUGGCCGUUGACCGCUACGCUGCUGUGUGUCGUCCACUCCACUACACAACCGUUAUGCACCCCUUUCUCUGUAGGGCAUUGGUUGCAUUCUCCUGGGUGGGAGGCCUCGUGAACGCUCUGAUUCAGACAGGCCUCAUGAUGGCCAGGCCUCUCUGUGGUCACCAACUGAAUCACUUCUUCUGUGAGAUGCCUGUUCUCCUGAAGUUGGCAUGUGAGGACACAGGAGGAACAGAGGCCAAUUUGUUUGUGGCCCGAGUCAUAAUCUUGGUCUGUCCUGCAGUGCUAAUUCUAGGCUCCUAUGCAUACAUCGCCAGGGCUGUGGUGAGCAUCAAGUCAUCGGCUGGCCGCAGAAAGGCUUUUGGGACCUGUGCAUCCCACCUCAUUGUGGUGUCUCUAUUUUAUGGCUCAGCCAUCUCCACAUAUCUCCAACCUGUGCACAGGUAUUCCGAGAGUCAAGGAAAGUUUGUGGCCCUUUUUUAUACUGUAAUUACCCCCAUGCUCAAUCCUCUGAUUUACACCCUGAGGAACAAGGAUGUGAAGGGGGCUCUGUGGAAGGUGCUGGGGAGAGGCAUGGACUCCAGAUAG